AUGUUAUAUACGUAUCAGCUAUUCAAAACAGAGACAUCACUCCGAGAAAAAUUGAGCCAGAACCAAGUUGCAAGGAUCUUUCCCAACGCAGACGAUUAUAUGUUACUAGACAGAUUGGAUGCCGCAGACGUAGCCGAUGUCGCUUCUUUAGUUUUUGACAUUUCAGACAGUUUGAAUGACGCAAACAAGUUACGCCGUUUGAUAUGUCAGGAGUUAGAAGGACCAAUCUUUCAUGAAUUCAUGAAAGACAGGGAAGAAAAGUUUCGAACGAAAAACAAAAAAAUUAAACAGCUGAGUCAGAAACGCUUAGAAGAACUAUAUCAACCCGGGGACAACGUCACCAUAAGCGAUCUAGAUAUUACGGCGCUUUGUUUCAUACUCUUUGAGGGAUUUCCUGACGUAAAACCAGUCACUGACCUAGACAAGUUCCCUGCAGACAGUAGUAAGUCAACAGGAAGUGAUAUUUUGAGAAUCAAACUUUGUAGAAAUCAUUUGGCUCAUAAUGCACAAGCUAAAAUCGAUGAAGAUGAGUUUGAUAAGCUCUGGGAUAUUUUGACAAUGGCCUUUGAACGCUUAACAGGCGACCCUUCUCAUCGGAAAGAAGGUGAGCGGCUUAAGCAUGAAAAAGCCCAUUUAGACAUGGAUCGAUUGCAGUUUACACUAGAGAAAUGGCGUAGAGACUCUCGAGAUGAACAUUUAAAACAAUUUGAAAAUCUUAAGGAAGCGAUCUCAUCAACCAGCGUAUCCAAUGAGAAAGUCAUAAAAGAUUCUGUGCUACACACAGAGGAAACCAUAAAAGAUUCUGCGCGACACACAGAGAAAACCAUAAAAGACUCUGCAAGAAACAUUAUUUCAGCUGUUAAGAAAUACACAAAACACAAACAAAGGAAGCAUCCUUGGCAGCAAGUUUAUAUAAAAGACAUGAAGAAAUUCGAAGCUGUAUGUGAGAAGGAAGCCAUUCAAUACAAAAUACCAGAUGAUUCCAUUACUGAAAACUCUAGUGAGGGUUCUUCUCCAAGUCCAUGUCAGAGUCAACGUGAUAGUGAAAGUACUGAAGAUUUAGAAGACCCCACUGGAUUCUUUCAUUAUCUACGCAGACGAGAAUACAUGCACUCCUCCACAGAGAUACAACAGAUGCCAGGAAAAACAUGCGGAAAAGUGAGUUAUUGGAAUUUUAAUCUAAACCACCAACUAUAA